ACCAUGCGGACUCUGGAGUUGUCGGUUUUCACUGUCUGGCUUUGCCUGCACGUCUCUGUCCACGCAUUUCAGCAUAUUACGGUCAGAGACGGCUAUCCACUUGCUGACGGUGAAAUGAUAGAAGUAUCGGACAGGAUAAUAUUCCCAGGAACAUUAUGGUGCGGAAACGGUAACAUAGCAAAUGGAACGAACGAAUUAGGGUCAUGGAAGCAAACGGACGCAUGCUGCCGAACUCACGAUAUGUGUCCCGAUCUAAUCGAGGCUCACGGCUCUAAACACGGAUUAACUAAUUCCGCUGAUUAUACGAGGUUAAGCUGCGAGUGCGACGAAGCGUUCCGCCAUUGUCUUCACAAUUCUGGGGACACUGUUAGUGCGGCGCUUGUAGGAAGAACUUAUUUCACCAUCUUAAGAACGCAGUGCUUCCGAUUGGAUUAUCCUAUCGUGAAAUGCAAAGUCAAAUCCACCAUCUUAAGACGUUGUAAGGAGUACGAGUUGGAUACAAAUGCUCCGAUGAAGUACCAGUGGUUCGACGUACUUGAGUACUAAGGAAAAUGCAACAGACCUUAAGAACGACAUCGAAUAUCUUCGAAAUUAUUAUAUUGUAACGACAUUUUACCUAAACUUGUAAUAAAGUUGCAAAUUGGCCGCAUAAAAAUAAAUAUCCUAGCCUAUCAAACUUACGACAUGGUGAAAAAGUUGA